AUGAAGAAUUGGUCCCCACUUGGGCAGCAUCGGUCCCCUACCUCGGAGGAUUUCGUCUUACUCGACCCUGAAGGUGAACCUGAAUUUGAGAACAUCAAUCCUGGGACGGUUACUGUCGAAGGAUAUGGGAUCGAAUGCUGGGAUUUUGAAGAUCAUAAGACUAAGGAGAUGAAGAUUUAUGUCAACCACUCUAGACUCCCAGUCCUCCCCGCCAAGAAGGUCCUGCGCCGUUUGGAUGAACUCUCCCACAGAGACAACGCUGUGUUUGGAUCAAACAAAGUAAAAGAAGAACUGGACCUCCGGGAGAUGGUCGGCAACACUUAG